AUGCAACGAUUUAUUCGUUUGAAUUUAAGUCAAGACAGUUUUUCACCACCUUCUCGUCCAUCCGCUUCUGCUUCUGCAGCUUCUGAAGGCAUGUUUGGUCCACCUGAAGGAUCUUUAGAUUUCAAAGUGGUUAGACAAUUUGGUAUGUCUGGCGAAAAUUCUUCUCAACAAUCAGCCAGAGGAAAAACACCUUUAAAGCGCCAUGCUUCUGAAACUGUUUUCAGUCGAUUAAGUGCACCAUCUGCUAUGAGUCAAUCGGAGGAUCAACUUUCUUAUAAAGGAGUACUCAAGAAAUCUCGAAUACAGUCUUCUUCAUUUGACAGUGAUUCAGUAGUUCCGAGUCCUUUGAAAAGUCCUCUUUGGCCUUAUACUGAAGGAGUACUCGCCCACGAAAAUAUACACAAAGUUUCUGUGAAAAAUCGUUUAGGCAACAGGUCAAUGAAAUCAAAUGCUCCAGUCCAUUCUCGGCUCGGUCGGACAUCUAACCCAAUAUGA